UCGCGAGCCGGAGUUCAGCACUCGCGACUGGGAGCGCAGUGAUGACAGUUGGAUAGUUUCGGCUUCAGUAUGUGAACAUAUCUUUUUUUUCUUUUUUUUUCUUUUACCCCAUCUAUCAUUCUUCGUUUUACAGUCGGGAAAACGUUUCAUUGACGCACGUGAAGGUGUAGAAAGAAGGAAAAUGUUGCGAAUUUGAGGAGGAAAAGACGCCAGAGAUGCGAGCUCUGAGUGUAAACGGACGCUGUUGGGACGUCGCCUUGCUUCUCCUGCUGUGCGCGAGGUGCACGUGCGGCCGAGGCACCACAGGAGACGCCGUACAAGAUUCACCAUCAGUCGGAGGGACGUUGCCACACUUCCUGCAGGAGCCAGAGGACGCCUACAUCAUCAAGAGCAACCCAAUCCGGUUGCGGUGCCGUGCCACUCCCGCCCUGCAGAUUUUCUUCAAAUGCAAUGGGGAAUGGGUUCAUCAGAACCAACACACGGUUCAGGAAUAUAUGGACCAGAACACAGGUCUGAAGGUGCGUGAGGUGAUGAUAAACAUCUCUCGGCAGCAGGUGGAGGAUUUCCAUGGCCCUGAGGAUUAUUGGUGCCUGUGCGUGGCAUGGAGUCACCUGGGCACAUCAAAAAGCCGUAAAGCCACCGUGCGCAUCGCCUAUCUGCGUAAGAACUUUGAACAGGACCCGCAGGGGAAGGAGGUUCCCAUCAGGGGCAUGAUCGUUCUGCACUGCCGGCCUCCAGAGGGUGUGCCUGCUGCUGAGGUGGAGUGGUUAAAGAAUGAUGAGCUGUUGAGUUCGCUUGAUGAUGACAACAUUGACACUCGAGCUGACCACAACCUGAUCAUUAAUGAAGCGCGACUCUCUGAUUCAGGGAACUACACCUGCCUGGCCAGCAACAUUGUCGCCAAGAGACGCAGCGCCACAGCUACUGUGGUAGUCUUUGUGAACGGAGGCUGGUCUCUGUGGACAGAGUGGUCUCAGUGCAGUGUGGACUGUGGCAGAGGAGUACAGAAGCGCUCUCGGACCUGCACUAACCCGGCUCCUCUGAACGGUGGAGUGUUCUGCGAGGGCAUGUCUGUACAGAAGAGCACCUGUAAUGCUCUGUGUCCCGUGGACGGAGGAUGGGACGAGUGGAGUGAGUGGACGGCAUGUAACGCCCAGUGCGAAAGGCAGAGAUGGAGGGAGUGUACCGCUCCGGCUCCUCGCAACCGAGGGAGAGCCUGCGAGGGUAAAAGUCAUGAUGUGGAGAACUGCACCGGAGACCUGUGCACUCAAGAUGGGAAGAUGCUGCAUGAUGUUAAGCCUCAGAGUAUGGAUGGCUCUAACGAGGUGGCACUGUACUCGGGACUGGCAGCAGGAGCCAUCGCCGUUACAGUCCUUGUCAUAUCUGUGACGCUGUACCGCCGGAGCCAGAGCGAAUAUGGAGUGGAUGUAAUCGACUCAUCUGCCCUUGCUGGCGGGUUUCAGUCUUUCAACUUCAAAUCCACGAGACAAGGCAACCCUUUGCUUCUGAAUUCGUCCGCCCGGCCUGAGCAGACCUACAGCUUCCGCGACUCUGUGGGGAAAGAGCUGUUCGACCCACUGCCCGACGCCACAGCUAAAGUUCAGAACUCCUUCACGGCUGAAUACCAUGCUAAGACUUACCCCCAGGGCCUAGCGUCACCCGUGCCCACCAAUAAUGGGCCCUACAAUUCCUACAGGACUCAUCUGAGGAGCAGUGGCGUCUUCGGACACCAGGGAGGACGACUCGUCAUGCCCAAUGCAGGAGUCAGUCUGCUGGUGUCACAUGGGGCGAUCGCAGAGGACACGUCCUGGGAAAUGUACAUGCUCAUCGAUCAAGGAGACUCCAGCGCACCAUCAUUAGAGAGAUGCGAAAUUCUGCUGGGGCCAGAGGUCACGUAUGGCCCCCCAGGCCUAUGCCUGACCUCCCCUGUUGCCAUGACGAUAGCCCACUGUGCCGAGGUCAUCGGCGAGAACUGGAACGUUCGCCUGAAGAAGAAAACGAAGGACGAGGAGUGGGAGGAAGUUAUGUCGGCAGAUGACGAUUCAACUUCUUGCUACUGCCUCUUGGACUCUGGAAGGUGCCACCUUCUGCUAAAUGAGCCGGGCACAUACGCCCUUGUAGGUGAACCACUGGGUGACGGCGCCACCAAGAGGCUGAAGGUGGCCGUGUUCGGCAGCUCACACUCCUCUAUGAGCUACAGUCUACGAGUGUACUGCGUCGACGACACGCCUCACGCUUUUCAGGGAGUGGUGACUGCAGAGAGCAACAGACAUGGCUUGCUCCUGGAGGAACCCAAGAUGCUUCUGUUUAAAGGGAACACCAACAAUCUACAGGUCUCCAUCCAGGAUCUCCCCCAGUUCCCUUGGAGCAUCAAACCCUUUAGCACCUGUCAGGAGUUCUCUUUCUCGCAGGUAUGGAGCAGUAACCAGCAGCCUCUGCACUGUGCCUUCUCUCUGGAGCGCUUCAACGUCGGCACUUCGCAGCUAUCCUGCAAGAUCAGCGCGCGCCAGGUCAAAGGUCACGAGCAGAUCCUGCAGGUCUACACCUGUGUGGAGGAGAAAGAGAAGGAGACGCUCCCAUUUUUUAUGCAGACCGACUGCACAGUCACCUCCCAGACGGGCGCUAAAGCCUUUAAAAUCCCUCUAUCCAUUCGGCAGCGCAUCUGCGCCACCUUUGACACUGCCAACACCAAGGGCAAGGACUGGCAGCUCCUGGCUCAGAAACUCAACAUUCAGAGGAACCUUUCAUAUUUUGCACAGCAGCGCAGCCCAUCUGGGGUCAUCCUCAGCCUGUGGGAGGCUCAGCACCAGGCCUCUGGAGACCUGGACUCACUGGCCAGUGCCCUCGAGGAAAUCAGCAAGAUCCAUUCAAAAAGUUCGGCCCAGAGCCCGAGCGAGCCGCAGCCAAACUACAAUCAGUGAGAGAAAGAUGCAAACACGAUCCGUCUCUGUAAACUCAUGAUGUGAGUGCUUAUGUCCGGCUCCAGAGAAAGAUAGAGAGAGACAUGAACACAAGGAGUGUGUAAUGAUGGAGUGAAAUGACGCACUGCUUUAAAACAGAAGAGGAGGGCACUUGAAAGUUCUGACUUAGCUGUCCUCUCAUUAUGAGGGACAGCUUGGGUCAUAAACCUUCUUAACCAUUUCCUUUUUUCUUUUAAGCUUUGCCACUGGUUCACAGGCAGCAUGGACCUUUAACGCUUCAGUGUGCUACUACUUACUUAUCUCGUGGUUCAGUUGCACUAUAAAGCAUUGUAGAGGUCAAGUGUGUGGCGCGUUUCAAAAGAAGCGACGUGGUUUCCUCUUUGUCAGCGAGGAUCUGUUUUUCCCGCACACGGUGUACUGCGACGUUUCGUGUUGCCAGUAGGGAGCCAUUGUAAAAGCAGCGACUGGGACGCAAGAUGAAUAAAAUAUGUGCUUUUCUGUUUAAUGUUGUUUUUAAGAUGUGUAAGUGGAGGGGUGGGUGGUUGGGGAUUGUAAGCAUGGAUCUCGGUUUGAACAUCAACACAACAGCUCCAAUGUGUUUCUCUUAGAUAACAAAAGCAGUUACUGCGGUCGUCUCUGCAUGGAGGACGUUGCUCUGCCGAGACAGCUACAGUCAGAUAAUUUACACAUGGCCCAAAUCAUCUUCAAAAAAAGAAAGAAAAAAAAGCUUUAAUCUGACAGACGCCUCAUUUCCUGCAACCAGUACAACAGUGGAAUAUGUUAAAUUGGACGUCGGUUUAGAGAGGAAACUGAGGCUAACAGUUGCUUUUAGAACGGGAUUAUCAUUUUGUUUAACAUCUACCAUGUUGUUGUUGUUUUUUAAUCUGACAUGUUUUCAUAAUGAGUUUCAUGUAUAAAGCAAAUUAUGUACAUUUUGCUCAUUUUCUGGGACAGAAUGUAUAAUUAAAAUCCGUCAGUUUCUGUUCAUCUCCAUGGUGACAAUGUACUAAAGAUGACAACACAGAAUGAAGAGAAGAAUUACAUAACAGUGCAGGAAACUGCCUUUUUAAUGCCAUAGUGUCCCAUCAAAUGUGAAAUUGAUUUUUUUUUUAUUUUAUUUUUUUUAAACAAAAUCAUUCUGGUCUGCUCCUCAGCUAUGCUCUCCUCUUUCUGCUACUGAUGAAAUUCCAGCCACAUGACAAUAAAUAUAUGCAUAGAUGCUGGAUCUUUCCUUGCUUGAUUUUUUUUCCACAAAAUUUUAAUGUAUUAACAAACAGUUUAUCCAAUAAAGUCAAAUGGAAAGAG